CAGUUUUGUCGCUGGGGCACGGUAUGGUAUGGCCCUUCUUUCCUUCUCCCCUCUCAUGAGUGAGAGCGAGAGAGAGAGAGAGAGAUUCUGAAUGCCUUGAGCAAGAGCGAAUUACAAUUGAGAGUAGGAACACACCUACCUAAUGCGUGGCCUUGUGAUUCUGCGUGAGCCUUCUUCUUCUCCUUCUUCAUCUAUCUACCCAUUUCUUCUUUGCUAGUUAAAGGAAGUUCAUUCGCUCUGGCUACUGUUUUUGGUUUGUCCCCUUCUCUUUCUUCAAGUAUUCUAAUAUUUUAAGGACGAGAGAGUCGUCGUAGUUGUUUUGGAAGAAAAGGACUCGCCUUGUCAUGUGGAACGUUUUCUUUUUCUUUGAAGAGCUCAUUUUUCUUUUUUGGAGCUGAGAUAAGAAAUGGGUUUCUGGUUCUUUUGCUAGUUGCUGAUUUGUUGUUUGCUUGUAUCUGGCCAGCAGUGGAAAUUUUAUUCUUUCUCUUUUUGCAGAUUCAUAUUCUGGUUCAGAUUCGUUGGAAGGAACAAAUGAUUUCACAAGUAAGAUAAAUAAUGGGAUUCUAAACAAUGAAUAUGAUUCUUCGCGGCUUCCUUGUGACGAUAUUGAGCUGAAAAGAUACGCUUUUUUUAGCUUUUUGACGGAUCAGCUUCUCUUAUAAACUCUUCUCUGGGACUUAUUUCCUGGCAUGUUGCUCCAAAGUUUGAGCGAGUUAGAGCUGCUUGUGGAUGCUUUUAACAUAAAAAUUUGAUCUUGGUGACUGGUUGAGUCUGCUUCCAAGUGUCAACUAGUUAUGGUGACACAGUUUGCAGAUGGGUUAGGCAUCUGAUAAAUGCCAUGCUUUAUCUUCCUGGUUAGCGUCUGUGAUUUGUGGUUCUGCGCGUGCUCUAAUGGUUUCCAGAAGAUACAGUUCCUCAUAUUACACAAAGGAGUUAUUUACUUUACUCUUGCUGUUCUUAUUUAGCUUUCAGCACACCACUACUGUUCAGUGCCAGGGAAGGUUUAGUAAACAAAACUAUUCAAGGUCUUCAGGAGACAGGGAAGACCUCCGCAAGAUCAUCAUUAGUGUUGUUCUAGGAGCAGUCACUGGAUUAGUUGGCUCAGUUUUGUUUGCUCUUAUAGUCCGUUGCUUUGUUCAGUAUUUGAAUCGAAUCCCAAUUCUCAAGGGGCCUGUAAUAUUUUCCCCGAAAGUUUCUCCAAAGACACUGCAAUCAGCUCUGGCAAAAGAAAACCAUUUGCUUGGUUCAAGCCUAAACGGCAAAUGUUACAAGACUGUGCUUGACAAUGGGCUUACAAUUGCAGUCAAGAGGUUAACACCCUUUGAAAGCGGUUCACCGGAGAUUAGGAAAAGGAGGGUUAAGAGAGAGAUACAGAAGGAACUGGAAGUGCUUGCUAGUCUGAGACAUCGAAAUUUGAUGAGCUUAAGGGCCUAUGUUCGUGAACCUGACAGUUUUUCAUUGGUUUAUGAUUAUGUGGCCGAGGGGAGCCUUGCUGAUGCAAUGAACAGAGCUAAGGAAAGUGAGUUGCCUCUUGGUUGGGAAAUUAGGUUAAGGAUUGCUAUUGGGGUGGUUAAGGGGCUUCAGUAUCUUCAUUCUACUUGCGCACCUCAGAUUCUGCACUACAACCUUAAGCCCACCAAUGUAAUGUUGGAUGCUGAGUUUGAACCAAGGUUGUCAGAUUAUGGAUUGAUCAAGCUUCUACCCAACUUGAGUAGAGCCACAUCUCCCUACACUCCUCCUGAAUACUUUCAUAACUGCAGGUACAGUGACAAAAGUGACAUAUUCAGUUUUGGGAUGAUCUUGGGUGUAUUAUUAACUGGAAAGGACCCAGGAGAUACAUUCUUUGGAGAAGCAGGAAAUGGAGGGAGCAUGGGAUGUUGGUUAAGGCAGUUGCAGCAAGCAGGAGAUGCCAAGGAAGCACUCGAUAAGAGUAUAAUCGUGCGAGAAGGCGACGAAGAUGAUAUGCUCAUGGCUGUCAGAGUUGCCGCAGCAUGCCUCUCAGAUGUGCCGGCAGAUAGGCCUUCAAGUGACGAACUCGUUCACAUGCUAACGCAGCUUCACAGUUUUUGAUUCUUCACUCACUAAAACCAUUUUGUGAAUUAGCAGCCAAUAGGAUAGUGUAGGGGAUAGGAAGAUCAAACAAAUAGGGGUCUUUUUGCUUUGUUUUUCUCUUUUUUGUUGGUAUUGGCAAGCAAAAUCAAUCAACCAUUCUGGUUUAGCUGAUCUGUUUGGCACUUUGGCAUCAUCUUGAUUUCUUGGUUGCAUCCCAGAUGUAUCUGGUGUUUUCUUCUUUUGGCAAUGGUAUUGUGUUAUGUUCUGUAAAUGACUAGUAGUUUCAUGGAAGUACUUGGAAGUAUAGUGUUAUGCUCUCGUUGCUCGAUUCUA